AAUUCACACGGAUCAAUGACGUGGCAUGAAAAUUUGAAAUCCCGCGCAAGCCCGGGCUACAACGGGUCCUGUGAAUCUAUUCUGGGCGAAAUUUUACGCUAUUUCCCUCAAAACCCCACCGCACCCCUUUCUCUCUCUAUAUCUCAUACCACACACCAAAUCAAAGCCAAAGCAUAUCUCUUUGUUUUGUGUGUUAUUAUUGUUUUUAUUCUCUCAACCCUAGAAAAGGUAGGUUUCGCCAUGAAAGGAGGUAGAUCCAAGGCUGAAACCAAGAAAGCUGAUAGCAAGCUUUCGGUUAAGAAGGGUGCUGCUGCAGCAAGCAAGAGCACGAAGAAGGGGAAACCUGCUAAGGAUCCUAACAAACCGAAGAGGCCUGCCAGUGCUUUCUUCGUUUUUAUGGAGGAAUUCAGAAAAACCUACAAAGAGAAGCACCCUAACAACAAAUCCGUGGCGGCUGUAGGAAAAGCUGGAGGGGACAAGUGGAAAUCACUUUCAGCGGCUGAGAAAGCUCCUUACGUAACAAAGGCGGAGAAAAGGAAGGUCGAUUAUGAAAAGGAACUUCGAGCUUACAAUAAAAAACUGGCUGAAGGACCUGCUGAAGAAGAAUCGGAGAAGUCAAAUUCUGAAGUGAAUGAUGAGGAUGAUGAAGAAGGAAGCGGAGAGGAGGAUGAUGAUGAAGAUGAUGACGAGGAUGAUGAGUGAGCAAUUGGGUGUAGUUAUAUGAAGAAUUUGUGGGGCUAUGCAUUUCUUUUUCUUCCUUUUCUGUUAUUUCUUUUGGGAAUUAGUACGAAAAAUGAAAUCAGUUUCAGUUAAUCUGAUUAAUAUGGUUGUUGCUAAAUGCCAAAUAGCUUACAGUUGAUUAUGGUUGUUAAAUUUGUUAGUUUACUAUAUUGUUGUUUUUAUCUUAUCCCAUUGUGCACGAUGUCUGGGAGCCCAACUAUCAGUCUUGUAUGUCAUUUGUGAUUAGCAUAAAGAUAUUUUCCUUUUUGAUUA